AUGGCCAAGUUUGGUAUCCAAGUUAGUAUGGGCCAAUGUAGAAGAGCAAAGAAGUAUGCACUGAAUCUUGUUGAAGGUAGCCUUAUUGAACAUUAUGGUAAGCUAUGUUCAUAUGGUCAUGAUAUUUUAAGGACAAAUCAUGGGAAAACUGUGAAACUAGAUGUGGAGGAUGGUCCAUAUGGAAAGAAAUAUUUUAGCAAGUUUUAUUGUUGUUUUCAAGGAGUUAAACAAGGUUGGAUUGAAGGGUGUAAAAGGAUAAUAGGUCUUGAUGGAUGUUUUCUUAAAGGUGUUUGUAAGGGGGAAUUGCUUUGUGCUAUUGGGAGGGAUUCAAAUGACAAUAUAUAUCUUAUUUCUUGGGUAGUGGUUAAUGUGGAGAACAAGCAGAAUUGGAAGUGGUUUUUAGAGCUUCUCAUUGAUGAUCUAAACUUGAAUUUAGGCAAUGAGGCUGUUAAAGAGUUACUUCCAUAUGUAAAGCACAGGCAGUGUGCUAGACAUAUUUGCCAGAAUUUGCAGAAGAGAUUCACUGGUGCCAUAUAUCAUACCUUGUUUUGGAGAGAAUCUAAAGCCACAAUUGAGCAUGCUUUUAAAGUUGUGAUGAAGGAAAUUGAGACAUUGAACCCAGAUGUCCAUCAAUAUAUCAUGGAGAAAGAUCCUAAAACAUGGUCAAAAGCUUUCUUUCAAGCUGGAAGGUGUUGUGAUGCAGUUGAAAAUGGCUUCUCAUAA